ACCGAGGGAAAGUACUCAGAGGGGAGGGGUGUCCCGUCGGCAGGCACACAGACAGCAGGCAGCAGCUGCAGCGAGAAGGACCCGGUACCCGUUUCUCUGCAUUAAAACAUUCAUAUUAACGAUCUUUACUUCCGAAACACAUAGGACAGCAAACACACACCAUAUCUAAAAUGGUAGACCGCGAGCAACUGGUGCAGAAAGCCAGGCUGGCCGAGCAGGCGGAGAGGUAUGAUGAUAUGGCAGCUGCCAUGAAAUCGGUCACAGAACUGAACGAAGCGCUAUCCAAUGAGGAGAGGAACCUGCUCUCUGUGGCCUAUAAGAACGUGGUCGGGGCAAGGCGUUCUUCCUGGCGCGUCAUCUCCAGCAUUGAGCAGAAAACAUCUGCCGACGGCAAUGAGAAGAAAAUCGAGAUGGUGCGGGCCUACCGGGAAAAGAUCGAGAAGGAGCUGGAGGCCGUCUGCCAGGACGUGCUCAACCUCCUCGACAACUUCCUGAUCAAGAACUGCAACGAGACACAGCAUGAGAGCAAAGUGUUCUACCUGAAGAUGAAGGGUGACUACUACCGCUACCUGGCCGAGGUGGCCACGGGGGAGAAGAGGGCCGCGGUGGUGGAGUCCUCCGAGAAGUCCUACAGCGAGGCCCACGAGAUCAGCAAGGAGCACAUGCAGCCCACCCAUCCCAUCCGCCUGGGCCUGGCUCUCAACUACUCCGUCUUCUACUACGAGAUCCAGAACGCCCCGGAGCAGGCGUGCCACCUGGCCAAGACCGCCUUCGAUGACGCCAUCGCCGAACUGGACACCCUGAACGAGGACUCCUACAAAGACUCCACUCUCAUCAUGCAGCUGCUACGAGACAACUUGACGCUCUGGACGAGCGACCAGCAGGACGACGAGGGAGGAGAGGGCAACAAUUAAAGGGUCCGAAACCUCAUUCUGCCAAAACAACACAACAGGCGCGCUCACAAAUGAUGACAAAAUAAUAAUACUAGUUAAAAAAUUCUUAGAAAUUAAAAAAGAAACGGAAGUGGGGGGAGGGGGUGUUGGAACAUUGGAGGCCACUUUAGCAGAUGGUAGUAACGUGGCUUCUGUUCUUUAUUUUUCAACAAAUAAAAAAAAGUUGGAGGGAAGACAAUUUUGGUUUGAGUAAUUACCUAGGAUUAGAUACAAAGAAUAAAUAAAAGAAGGAAACCCCCUCCUUGGUAGCCUCUGCAGCAUUUGCCAAAAUACCACUAUAGAAGCAGGAGAUGUGUCAUUCAUCGCAGUGUGACUAUUGGGUAACGAUACCUUCACACUGGCAGAGACUGGUCUUAUCGCGCAGAUGAAGCUGAGCUGUCUUAUUGUAUUUGGUGAGCGGAGGAGCAUUCAGAAAUUCGGUUUCGAUGCUUGAGCAACCAGAAAAUUAGAGUCACCUCGAAUGUAAUGGCCUUGCUUAGUGAGAGAGAAAGACAAGGGAGGAAGCGGGUGAGAGAGCAGAAGGGUUGCAGAGAUGAAGACUGAGCUUUUUUAGGGGGUGUCCAACUUCAUUGUGUAACUUCAAAUACGCACCGACAUCUUUAGUUGCACCACACUAUGAUCGUUGAGUGAAAAGCAGGUUGUCUCUGUUGAUGAAGAUGACAUUAAAAAAUGUUUUUGUUUUGCUUUGUGUCAGGUAUGUGUCCAGCGCAGUCAUACUGUAACUAAAAAUACAAAUUCAUGAAGUAGUGCAGCGUGUCCCUCUCAUGUGCUGAUGUGCUUUAUUAAAGAAAUUAACUGUUUAUCGACACCUAAUUCUUCUCGUCAGUAUUUUCAUACCAACUUCUAUCGGCUCCUUGUAGGAAACAGUUCCAGAUAGCAAAGUCAGAUAAAUGGACAUUUCAAAAAAGAAUGUGGUGAUUGAACAUUAUCAUGAUUCCAUCCUUAUUCAAAACACUCAGUAUGAUCUCUGAAACGGCACCUGAAACUUUUUGUCCACAAAGUAUUAUUUGUGGACAGAGCACAUGCAAUGUUAAGUGGAAGCUCUAAAAGCAGAUUUGAGGUUUGUGGAUUUACUUUGUCUCCAGUUUCUUCUUGGUCAAGAAAUGCACUUGCCUAUGAUACUGUUUCUUCAGUGUAAGAUGAUAACUGCUCCAAUAUUCUCCAUAAUACAAUAUUUUGCAUGCUGGUGAUGUAUUUAUACAGUAGCUUCAAUUUAUUAACUUAUACUGUAGAUGUUAUGUAUUCAUAUGAACAUGGAAUUACUAGACCUUAAUCAGAUUAUUUUCUAUUUAUUUCUUUUUAUUGCAAUUGUUAGCUAGACCUUAUUUUAAUCUUUGUUUUCUUUACUCCAUUUGCUGAAGUACGCUAUACCAAAACAGUGAUUGUUAACAAUAAAUUGAUCUGUUAAGGACA